AUGACCAUCACAGUCGGUGUGUUGGCCCUACAAGGCGCUUUCCUUGAGCAUCUAGUCCUGCUAAAGCGAGCGGCGGAUUACUUGCAUGGGCACGAGGGAGUGACAGAGUCAUUCGACUUUAUUGAAGUCAGAAAUGCAGAGCAGUUGGCUCGUUGUGAUGCAUUGAUUAUUCCCGGAGGCGAGAGCACAACUAUGUCGUUGGUCGCAGCACAGUCCGGCUUGCUCGAACCUCUGCGAGAAUUUGUCAAAGUCUCUCGCAAGCCCACCUGGGGCACGUGUGCCGGACUGAUCCUUCUCGCCGAAGCGGCAAAUGCCACCAAGAAGGGAGGCCAGGAACUGAUCGGAGGUCUGGAUGUGCGUGUUCGCCGCAAUCACUUUGGCAGACAGAUUGAGAGCUUUGAGGCGGACCUGGAUCUACCCUUUUUGAGAGCCGGAGGGUCAAGUCCCGCCAAACCCUUUCCUGGAAUCUUCAUUCGAGCACCCGUUGUUGAGAAGAUACUUCCCAACGUCGAGGGUAUUCAGAAUGCUGAGCAGCAAGCCGGCCAGACCGUAGUGGCGCCCUCCAAAUCGGCCAAGGACGAGCAGGCAAAGUUGGCAAUGAGCUCCCAUGUCGAUAUCAUGGGAAAGCUCCCCGGUCGCCUGAAGAAAGCCCAGGCGAUGGGAGCGGAGCUGGAUGCUGGAGAAGAGGUCGGCGACAUUAUCGCAGUCAAGCAAGGCAAUGUUUUUGGGACCAGCUUCCACCCCGAAUUGACGUCUGACAUUCGGAUACAUGUCUGGUGGUUGAGGCAAGUCCUCGAUGCGGUAGGGGAUCGAGCUGCAGUGCGGUGA